CCCGGGGGCGUGGCCAUGGUACGUGCGUUCCGUUCUCAUUGGUGCCGCACCCGGAAGAGCCUCUGGUGCCUGCGCGGUGGGGCCGCCCCUGCAUCCCCUUUCCGCAGGGGCGAUGGAGGCGGCGGCGCGACGGCGGCUGUGGGAGCCGGAACGGGAGCAGGAGCGGGAGCAGGAGCAGGAGCAGGACGAUGGUGGGAGGGUGAUGUCACGAUCCCUGUCGGGACAGUCCUACUGGCUGGACCUGUGGCUCUUUAUCCUCUUCGAUCUGGCGCUUUUCCUGUUCAUCUACUUGCUGCCCUGAGGGCGCGGCCCAGGGCCAUUGCCACCAAGGGAAUUCUCACCUAUUUCGCACCUUACGAACACAGGCGGUGGAAGAGGAGGACCAUUUGUGCGGGAUAAGCACCUGGGAACACGACUCCACUUGAGUGUGGAUGGAGGAGGCACAUUGUUGUACUGUACCGCGAUCAACCUCUGUGUCACAAGUGCCACUGUUCGGCUUUUGCCUGUGUCCUGCUCGUGUGUCCUGAGCCGUGCCUUAGAGGUCCCGUACCACAGACUGACCGUGCUUUGUGAUUAGUGCCUAGAGGUCUGUUGGGCAGAAAUGGAAGAAUGCACCGUGUGAAUAAAAUCCACUGAAAGGACAGCCUGCAGAGGGGCUGAGAAUAAAACCCAGCUCUUCUGUACACUGAAGAUGUAGCUCAGACCUGUUCCCUCAACAGAUGAAGCUUGGCCAGCUGUUCUGCUUCCAAAAAGUUAAUUCUGAUGGGUUGAUGCUGGUUGGUUUCUUAUUAUACCUUUCUCUGGUUUUUCUUUCUUUACCUUCUGCAGUAACUGAGCCCUCUCAGACUCAGUAUUUAUAGAUAUAAAUACGUACAUAUAUAAACAUGUCAGUGUUUAACCCA